AUGACUCUUCUCAACCCAGUGCGAGAGAUUUCUCCCGACCUUCUCCUUUCAGACUCUCCUUCUGGGAGUGUCGCUAUCACCAUCCCAACCUCCUCCGGCUGCAUAUCCCUGAUCCCCGAAGGCAAAAGUCCUACCUGCCCCUUGACACCUUCGCCACUAGACCAUAAGACCGUGAAAUGUUGCUCCGACGGGCGCGGACGCGUCGCGAUCGAUAUCCCCUUUCGCGUCAUCGUGAAUGUCUCGACUGCUGCCUACCCAGCCCCCUGGUACCAUAUGGACCAGUUAUGUCCCCAAUAUCAGUCGCGCUCAUGA